AGUCGAGUUUGUGCCGUCGUCGGGAGUAGACGUUACGCUCUGGUUUCUCGCUCACGCUACCAUGUGGUGCUUUGUGUGAUCCGCUGUUCAUUACUUCUUUUCUUGUGGUUCGUGAUAACAUCGGAGGGCAGUGUGAGAGGAGUGAUUGGUGUGUCGUGCCGAUGAUUUUGUACAGCUGGCGAAGGUAUUAAGAAAGGCCCCGAAGUUUGGGUAGAGCCGCAAAGGGCUCUUGUGGGUGGGCACAGCUUGAUCGGGGCGCCGCGCAAUUAAUUUAUACUCCCGCUUUUUAUCAUUUGCCCAAAUCGAAGAUCUUCCAAGAUAAUGCGAGGUGAACGAGUGUUAAAAACCGAAUAGAGGAAGAUUCGAGGCCACAUCGCAGGUGAUUAGUCUUGGAAAAAGGAAAAGCUAGAUAAUACAGCCGUUCUAAAUCGGGAAGGCCGCAAUCAGUAGCGUUAUCUCUCGACGAUGGCCAGUGCAGUGAUGGGCGGCGGUGGAGGCGGCGUGGGCGGCGGCGGCGGAGGGGCGGCCAACGUGGAGGCCCAGCUGGUGGCCCUCCUCGACAAGCUGGAGGGCCUCCGGCAGGACUCGGCGCCCCCGUCCCGCCCCCCGAUGAUCGCCGAGGUGCGAACCCUGGAGCUGUGGCGCGCCGUGAUCGCCGAGUGCCUGGCCACCGUGUUCUACGUGUUCCUGGUGUGCGGCGCCUACAGCCCCUGGACAGGCAAGACGCUCACGCCGGAGGGCCAGCUCACCAUCUCGCUGGUGGCCGGCAUGGCCAUGGCCGUCCUCGUGCACAGCUUCGGACAGGAUGAGAAGAAGCAUGAUAAAGAGGAGGAGGAGGACAAUGCAAUCACAGACAAUACAAGAGCAAUGGGACCCUUUAAUAUUAUUCUAAUAGAUCCUAAAUACAAUAGCCUAUAUACUCAAGGCCCCGACCCAGAAUACAAAAAGCUCUACACAAGACCCGUCCCAAAAUACAACGGGUUAUACACCAAGGAUGACCCAAAAUACGAGAGCUUAUACACAGAAGCCCCCCGACCCAAAAUACAGGAGGUUAUACACAAGGCCUGA